GAACUGUCGUGUGUCAAUUGAGCAUUGUAAUUUGUGCGUCAGUUCUUAUUAUAAUCUGAGUUCUGAAUUAUAAAGUACGGAUGAAGAUUUAAUAAUAAACAAUAAAGUACUAAAUAUCAAAUUUAAAGAGAAAAUAGAAAGAGUUAUCACAUAUGUUGACGAAUAAUAAUAUCAACAUUUUAAUCCACUCCUCUUUUUUACGUUAGUUAAAUAUUUCUAAAUAUUUUGUUUCUAUAAACUUAAAGUAAUCACUAUAAAGACAGAAUAAUAGACGCGCCAAUGAUGAAGCUCGUGGACCAAGUUGUUAGGAGCUUUAAGGUUGCAAAGGUAUUUCGAGAAAAUACCGACAAAAUAAAUAGCAUUGACUUUUCACCCAGUGGAGAAACUUUAAUAUCGUGCAGCGAGGAUGAUCAAAUUGUUAUAUAUGACUGCGAAAAAGGCACGCAAAUGAUCACAGUUAAUAGUAAAAAAUAUGGUGUUGAUUUGAUACAUUUUACCCAUGCUAAAAACACUGCUAUUCAUAGCUCGACAAAGGUUGAUGACACCAUAAGAUAUUUAUCUCUCCAUGACAAUAAAUAUAUCAGAUAUUUUCCGGGCCAUACGAAAAAAGUAGUAACACUAUGUUUAUCUCCUGUGGAAGACACGUUCUUGUCUGGAUCUCUGGAUAAAACUUUACGUCUUUGGGAUUUACGUUCACCAAAUUGCCAAGGCUUGAUGCAUUUGUCUGGUCGACCUGUAGCAGCAUAUGACCCUGAAGGCCUUAUUUUUGCAGCAGGUGUAAACUCAGAGAGUAUUAAACUUUAUGACCUAAGAUCAUUUGACAAGGGCCCAUUUGUAACCUUUAAAUUAAACCAAGAAAAAGAAUGUGAUUGGACAGGGUUAAAAUUCUCUAGAGAUGGUAAGACAAUGUUGAUAAGUACUAAUGGAUCUAUCAUUCGAUUAGUGGAUGCAUAUCAUGGCACACCAUUACAAACCUUCACUGGUCAUUUGAAUAAUAAAGGAAUACCAAUAGAGGCAUCUUUCAGUCCUGAUUCUCAAUAUGUAUUCAGUGGAUCAACAGACGGUAGAGUUCAUGUUUGGAAUGCUGACACAGGAUACAAAGUUUGUGUACUCAAUGGUGACCAUCCGGCCCCAAUACAGUGUGUUCAAUUUAAUCCCAAAUAUAUGUUACUGGCAUCGGCGUGCACUAACAUGGCAUUCUGGCUACCAACAAUAGAUGAUGUUUGAUCAUAAAAAUAUAAUUCCAUGUGUAAACCUUAUCAUUCUAAUUAUGUUUAAGUGAUUUUGAAGAGGAUAUAUUGUUUGUAAAACAAAAUCAAUUAUAAUUUUCAUUAAAACAGUUUAACCUUA